UUGUCCUUUCCAAUUAAACUGAACCCUCGUCGUCUGGGUUUUGAAUCUCUUCCCGUCUCCGCUCUCUCCCACCUCUAUUUCCACCGAUCGCCGUCGAAGAUUACAGACGGUAGGGGUUUUCAGACAGAGAGAGAAAGAAGAGAGAGAGCGAGGGAGAGAGAGGGAGAAAUGGUUACGUCGGCGGUGGUGAACACGUACCCACUGUCGAGCUACACGUUCGGGACCAAAGAGCCGAAGAUGGAGAAGGACACCUCCGUCGCCGAUCGCCUCGCCCGUAUGAAAGUCAACUAUAUGAAAGAGGGAAUGCGGACCAGUGUCGAAGCGAUUUUACUGGUACAGGAACAUAAUCAUCCCCACAUACUUCUCCUGCAGAUUGGAAACACAUUCUGCAAACUUCCUGGUGGACGACUGAAGCCAGGGGAGAAUGAAAUUGAGGGGUUGAAAAGAAAGCUGACCAGCAAGCUUGGCGCUAAUUCACCUACCCUUGUGCCAGAUUGGCAGAUAGGAGAGUGCGUGGCUAUCUGGUGGAGGCCAAACUUUGAAACCAUAAUGUACCCAUAUUGCCCUCCUCACAUAACAAAACCCAAGGAGUGUAAGAAGCUUUUCCUUGUUCACUUAUCUGAGAGGGAGUACUUCGCUGUUCCCAAAAACCUAAAACUUCUUGCUGUCCCAUUGUUUGAGCUCUAUGAUAACGUUCAGAGAUAUGGGCCUGUUAUAUCUACAAUCCCACAGCAGCUUUCCCGAUUCCAGUUCAACAUGAUCAGUUAAUGAAGAAGGAAUUAUGAAGCUACCGUGAUAUCAAUAUUCAGUAUACUGAAGAUCACGUCUGGACAUCAUUGCGUGGAUACCUAAACUCAAAACCGGAU